AUGCCGCCAAAGCGCAUCGUCAAACGAUGGGAAAGUGAGGCGACGCGCCGUCGCCGUGCUGCCUUAGCAAAGUACCGGCAGGGCCUGAACGGCAAAUGGGAGUCGAAUGCCAAGAAGGCACUGGCAAGAAAAGUUAAGCAGAAAAGCCUUCGUAUUGGUCCAUUGCUUGCACGCAGCAAGGCUGUGCAAGAUGCCUCCGCAGCGAGGAACCUGGCAAAGGCCCAGAAACUGGUCGAGGUGCUCCAAGAAGCAGACCAGGAGGUGCUUCCGCAGUUGCUGCAGCAGCUAGCUGGAGGCUCGCCGAGUCGCGUCACAGCCAAAGACAGGACCCGGAUUCCAAAAUUUCUGCGCGAGACGGCAUGCAAGUUCCCCGGCAUCAAGAGCAAGGUGAAACCCAUCAUACAGAAGUGGCACAAGAUCUACGUGGAGGAAAGAGCAAAGCAGAUUGGGCAGAAGAAGGAGGCCGUCAAGAGGAGCAGGAAAGGGACGCCAGCGACGAGCCAGUCACGGCCCGGUUUGCCACUGGAGCCACAGCCCUCGGAGCCUACGGGGCCUGUGCACAGAUCACCCGCCAGGCUGCAGAAGGCUCCAAUGAGACAGCGCCGUAUCACUUUCUUUAUGCACAGCUGA